CUGUACACUCGCUACGGCAAGUAUAUAGAAAAAAAAAUUGAACUGUACGCGAUUUUAGUCUCUAUUUCAAUGGCUUAAAGUUUAAAUUCAUUAAUAACUUGACUGUGAAAAUUGUGCCCGUACAUGUACAAAGUGUAAACAGCGCAGAAGCAGUAGUCUAUUCAUGCGCAGUGGAGUGUUCCUGUUACCUCCUGGUCGAUUGUGGUUUCCCAUUUAGUUUUUCAGCUGAUCACGCAUUCAUCGGGCACACUGCAGACCGUCCGCGUCGCGGGUCAUGUGUGAAGCUGUCGCGGCGUCAGAUCGCUGUGUCGUGUAGUUCGUUAGCUAGUGUCAGUGCAAUAUGUUUUCAGGACUUACCAAUCAGGUCAGCUCGUGGAUGGGAGCGGCUAAGGGCGAGCCACAAGACGAGGAAGUCCCCACACCCACCAAAGAUGCGACAGCUGAGGCGACCGCGGAAGGCGAGAAAAAUAGCGCGACUGGUGGCGCGGACAGCAGGCCAGCCUCCACCGGCGGCACUCCCACCGAAGAGCAGCCCGGCGGCGUCGGCAACGAUGCUCAAAGUAAAAAGUUGUUUACCGUUGACGCUAUAGAGGUGCCUGAUAUGCAAGAGUUGACAACCAAAGCAGUGGCGGGCGCGAAGUCCCUCGGCAACUUCCUGUACUCGGCGGUGAACAAGGCCGGCGCUAAAGUCAGCGAGGCAGGCGCCAAGAUCAAGAAGACCGUCGAGGAAAACAGCAUCCUUGGCGAGUUCAACCGUGAGCAGGACGCCUUCAUCAAGGGCCAGGAAGGCCGCGGUGGGGCCUCCGCCGUACCGCCGUGGAUCGGCGCACACAACGAACCAGCGCUCAAGGAGGAGUGCCUGUCGCUCUCCACCGACCGGCGGAACUUCGUCCGCGCGCCGCCAGCAGGCGUGGAGUUCGACUUCGACUACGACAAGAUGUACCCGGUGGCCGUCGCCAUCAUGGCCGAGGAUCCCAACCUCGAGAAGAUGCGCUUCGAUCUCGUGCCAAAAGUCAUCACGGAGGAGAACUUCUGGCGGAACUAUUUCUACCGCCUGUCGCUGAUCUGCCAGGCCAACGAGGCGGACGCCGCCGCCAGCCGCCAGACCAGCGCCGACGACUCGCAGGACUCCGAUAAGUCUGCGAGCGAGAAUCUUAUAGCUAACGAGAAAUCGUCGCAGGAAUGUAUCGAUGACGUGAAGAAACGUAUAAAGUCGUUGAAAGUCGAUAGAGACAAUGACGACGAGCAAUGGGAGAAAGAGUUGGAAGCAGAGCUGAAAGAAUACGAAGUAGUGGCGGAAAAGACGGGAGACGAUAAGUGGGAGAAGGAAUGCGAAGACUUGUUAGCUGAUGACGUGGACCUCAAGUAGAGCAAGGCAGGAUACAACGCACCAUCUGAUUGGAACACUAACCCCGUUUGUAAAAGUUGAAUUACUGUUUCAGACUCGUAUUCACAAACGAUACUUAGCUAGUAUGAAGCCAUGCUGUGGUAGUAAAUCUGUGUUAAAUGCCUUCGACAUUACAGCAUUUGCAGUGCGAAGACAUAGGACUUUUAUUGCGUAAUAUGGAUCUACAACUUUAGUUCAGUUGGCUGUCAGAUAAUCAAAGUAAACAAAGCCAAAGAAAACUAUGAAGUUGCCGACACUAUUCCGUUGAGGCACACUGUGAGUUCUCAUGGUAUUGUUUGUGAACAUGGGUGUUAAUAUUUUUUUUCUAUAUAUUCCAAAUGAUUAAUAUUUUUCCUAUUUAAAAGGAUUUGAAAUAAACAUUUGGUUUGUUUUUUUUUUUAUGAAAAAUCGUCUCGUAUUUUUUUAUUUACAUAAUGUUAACUCGGUUACUAGUUUAUUUGGUUAGAAACACAUUAUUAUUUGUUCAUGAGGAACUAUGUACUUUCCUCAGAAAAAAUUAAGAAAGUGUGAUUUAUUUAGAAUUACAAUAUAAAAAUUGAUUUCGGUAAAUAGGUGAUGUUUUUCAAGUGAAAGUAAGUUAUAAUGGCAUCAUAUUAAAAAUUGUAAAAUUAUAAACUUAAUAAUUGUAUUCGGAGAUCGUGCAUUUUAGCAUUAAAUCUUGUUCCCGGAAAAAAUACACGUAACCUAAAAAAAAAUCAUCUUUGACAUACUUACUCAAGUGUGUUAUCAAAAAUUGGGUCUUCGCGUCUGUUUUUUAGGUUUCCGAUGUAGCUUUUUUUAUAACGGGGUUAGUAACUUGCUCGGAGUAGCCGGGGCUCAAUUAUAUUCUUAUGAAUCAUUGUAAUGUAUGAAAAGUGAUUUAAUUGUUGCAUUUAAAUCGAAGUUCCCUUUUAAACAAAAAUGCAAAUGUCGGAAUAAAAAAAAAACAAAAAUCUGUGUAGCAAAAAAAUCUUUUUUCGAGUUGAGGAUAUUAUAAAUUGUGAUAAAAACGUCUUAUUUAAUAAUUUGAAUUGAGAAUUUUGUAAAAGAAAUUGUAAUGUGUUAAAAAGCCUUCACUUUUAAUUGUAUAAGUAUUAAAAAAAUAUUACCAAUAAUAAGUAACUUCAAUUUUAUUACUUAAAAAUAAUAAACGAAAAAUACUUAUGUCAUUUGAAUUUCUCUGAUUGGAGUGAAUGUGUGAGCCAUUUUUAAUUAAAUAAAAUAUAACUUUAUUUUUUUUUAUUUAAACGUAAUUUCAUUCUAAUUUCCAACAUUGCGUAAGAAAUAUGGAAAUUUAAUAAAAAAAUAAUGCUUAAUAUAUAGUGUGGUUAUUGCAUAUAAGUAUAGGUUAUAAUGUGAUUGUUGAUUUUUAUUUGAAUGUUAAAUAUAUUUAGUACUUAUAGGAUCUCUUGUACUUGCGUUUGAUAUUUUGUAUUGUAAAUUUUAUUUUAAAUGUCUAUGUCUUAUGUCAUAAAACAAAAGAAUAGUAUUUUUCUUCAUGCAAUAUAGUAAAAAAAAUUCAAUCCCUAAAUAUAUUUAUUUUACCAUUAUACCUUCAUUAAUAUUUCUGUAAUAAGGUUCAAAGUUAUUACAAAUCAAAUUAACGAUAUAAUUAUACAAAGUAAAAGAUUUUUUCUAAGGUUCCAGAAAAAAAAACACUACAGUAUCUUUUUCAUUAUUUCAGGUUAAUAUAGAAAUACCUAAAGGUUUAGCAGUUUCUAUUUGAGUAUAUUAACUACAAUAUUGAUUGACUUGUUACUAUAUUAUGUGUUUCAUUACAAUAUCUCUUUGUAAAGUUUUUAUAAAACUGCUCUCAAACAUAACUUUUCCAGCGGCUUAACGUCACAACUUUGCCAAAUAUUAUUAAUUCAAUAAAAAAAAAGGAAUUUCCUUGCUUUGUUGCGUGACAUUAUACUUUAUCUAUGAUAUUAAUAAGAAGCAUUUUCUUGUAUUCUCUACAAGUAGUUUGUCGUGUAUAUAUUGUAUGUGUGUUUCUGUACAUUCCUGUUCUUAAUAAACUGAUGUUUGUAA